UCAGAUGCCAAAUGGGAGUACAAAUUAAAUAACAAUACCAACAACAUUUUUGUACAAAAUCACACAAAAAUUAAUGGCGCUGCGGAGCAUCACAAAACUGGAGACGUUCCUCAAGCGAUAUAGUGCACCCACGCUGUACUACUGCCUCCAUAGAUCCACCCAAAGUUCAACAUGCAACAGCACAAACACCGACAACGGCAGCCACAAUACAAAUUAUAAUAGUAGCAACAACAAUAACAACAAUAAUGAUAAUAAGCGCUUCAGUUGGCGCAGCGCCAUUCGCUUCCUUGUGCCCUUCUCGCUGGGGGCACUGGCCAGCUCAGUGGUGGCCGGAGACCGGGAGCUGAUGCCAACGAUUUCGGCCAAAACGUUGACCAAUAAUCGGCGUGAUUUCAACUUUAUUGCGGAUGUGGUCGCCAGCUGUGCCGAUUCUGUGGUCUACAUUGAGAUCAAGGAUACGCGCCACUUUGACUAUUUCAGUGGCCAGCCCAUUACCGCAUCGAACGGCUCCGGAUUUGUGAUCGAACAGAAUGGCCUGAUUUUGACAAAUGCCCACGUUGUAAUCAAUAAGCCCAACACGAUGGUUCAGGUCCGCUUGUCCGAUGGCCGCACAUUUCCCGCGACCAUCGAGGAUGUGGAUCAAACGUCAGAUCUCGCAACACUGCGCAUCCAGGUGACCAAUCUGUCCGUGAUGAAGCUGGGCAAGAGCAGCACUCUGCGUUCCGGCGAAUGGGUCGUCGCCCUGGGCAGUCCGCUGGCGCUGAGCAAUACGGUGACGGCGGGCGUCAUUAGCUCCACGCAGCGGGCCUCCCAGGAGCUCGGUCUACGCAAUCGUGACAUCAACUAUCUGCAAACGGAUGCGGCCAUCACCUUCGGCAACUCAGGCGGGCCGCUGGUGAAUCUGGACGGCGAAGCCAUUGGUGUCAACUCGAUGAAGGUGACGGCUGGCAUCAGUUUCGCCAUACCCAUUGAUUAUGUGAAGUUGUUCCUCGAACGCGCUGCGGCACGUCGCAAGAAGGGCUCCGCCUACAAGACUGGCUAUCCGGUCAAACGCUACAUGGGCAUCACCAUGCUCACCCUGACGCCGGACAUUCUCUUCGAGCUGAAGUCGCGAACGCAAAAUAUGCCCGAAACUCUGUCGCACGGCGUUCUCGUGUGGAAGGUAAUUGUGGGCUCACCGGCGCAUAGUGGUGGUCUACAGCCAGGCGACAUUGUUACGCAUAUUAACAAGAAGGAGAUCAAGAACUCAUCGGAUGUCUAUGAUGCUUUGGCGGACGGCAAGAAGGAUUUGGAUAUGGUCAUAUUGCGGGGUGUGAAGCAAAUGCGUGUGACUAUUACGCCGGAAGACCCUUAAUCCGUACGCUUACAGCUACAAAAGCCUUUGCGUCAAUUUGUGUAAUGUUUGUGAUUUGCAAUAUAUUAAAAAGGGAAUUCCGCUAUUA